CUUAGUCRUGGCCGAGAGGGUGGUGCAGCCAAAUUAGGGCUGGGAUAUCCCUGAGUCAAGGUGUCCCGAGCAGAUAGAGAUGUUUGUGUGUCACCCACCCAGCUGAGGGAGUCGUGGGGUCCUGAGCAUCGCCGCCGACGUACUUUCAAGUGGGUGUUCCCGCUCCUCUGUGGGGGGGUCUCUCGCUGUGCUCGUCUUUUUCACUUUGUCAUCGAGCUUGCCGCGCUGACAGGGCAUCGAUCGUCCUGGUGGAGACCAGGUGGAGACCAGGUGGGAGUACCUGCACACAGGGAAUCCAUAAAAUCAGUUGAACAUUGAGACAAAAAAAAAAAAACUCAGCCUCCAUGGAGAACGACUUCAGUUAUGAGGAGGGCAGUGARGUGUCCUACGAAGACAACGGCUCAGCCUUCCCCUCUCCCGUUAGGCUGACCUCGCCAGGUCAGAAUGGCACCUUUGAACCUCAGAGGACAGAGGAGGAAAAGGAGGAGGAGAAGAAGCCUCUCUCUGAAGGCAUCAUCAUUCCCAGAGAUUCAGAUGCUUUUCUGAAUCUGAACACCAACGCCACCACAAGAGGAGAUGCUCAGGCCUAUGUGGAGCUGAACGAGCUCCAGGGCAACGUCUGGCAGGAGACCGGCCGAUGGGUGGGCUACGAGGAGAACCUGGACUCUGCGACAGGGAAGUGGGGUCCCUCUCACGUCUCCUACCUCACCUUUAGGAGCUUGCUUCACGUCCGCAGAGCCAUGAGCACAGGUGCCAUCAUUUUCGACGUGGCCGCCAGCACUCUGUCCUCGGUGGCGGAGAGGAUGGUCGACGAGCUGCUCAGCAGGAAUGAGAUCCGCUCCAGCGACCGAGACGCCCUGCUGAGAGCUCUCCUGAUGAGGCGCAGUCAGUCGGACGGACCUGCUGUCACUCAGUCUGGAGAUAUUCAGAUGCAGACUUUUUCUGUUGCAAAGAAGAGGGAGAGCUCUGACAACGUGGAAGCUUCAAUCAUCCUCACAGGGAUCUUUGACCUCCUGCAGAAACCCGUGCUGGCUUUUGUCCGGCUCAACGACUCCGUGGUGAUGGAGUCGGUUCUGCAAUCCUCUGUUCCCGUUCGCUUCGUCCUCAUGAUGGUGGGGCCGAGCCAGAGCGGGCUGGACUACAGUCAGAGCGGACGAGCCAUGGCCGCCCUCAUGGCCGACUGGGUGUUCUGUCUGGAAGCCUACCUGGCCCAGACUGAGAAGGAUCUGACCAACGCUGUCGCAGACUUCAUGGACUGCAGCGUUGUGAUUCCUCCCACCGAGAUCCAAGACAUAGCAAUGAUGGAGCCGAUCAUUGAGUUCCAGAAGAAGAUGCUGCGCGACAGACUUCGUCCUGCCGACACCCGGCUCGCCUUUGGAGACAGGGUCGAAGACACGGGUCCAGAAGAACCGAAGGAGGACCCCCUGGUCCGUACAGGCUAUCCCUUCGGAGGGAUGGUGAAAGACAUAAAGCGUCGCUACCGCCACUACCUCAGCGACUACACGGACGCUCUGAACCCUCAGGUGGUCUCCGCCUUCAUCUUCAUCUACUUCGCUGCCCUCUCCCCUGCCAUCACUUUUGGAGGACUUCUGGCUGACAAAACGGACAGAAUGAUGGGCGUGUCCGAGCUCAUGAUCUCCACCUGCGUCCAGGGCGUCAUCUUCUGUUUAUUCGCCGCCCAACCCGUCCUGGUCAUCGGCUUCUCCGGACCUCUGCUGCUGUUCGAAGAGGCYUUUUUUGCAUUUUGCAAGGCCCAGGGUCUGGAGUACAUCGUGGGCCGGAUCUGGGUGGGUAUCUGGCUGGUGGUGAUCGUGGUCAUCGUUGUGGCGGUGGAAGGAAGCUUCUUGGUCCGAUUCAUUUCCCGCUUCACCCAAGAAAUCUUCUCCAUCCUCAUCUCACUCAUUUUCAUCUAUGAGACCUUUGCGAAGCUCAUAAAGAUCUUCAAAACUCACCCUUUGAUCCUGAACUACGAACAUCUGAACGAUACACUGGACAACCCCUUCCACCCGGUCAUCAAGGAGCACAUCGAGAUCCAUCCGGACGGAAACACGACGAUCAGAGAGCUGGAGGUCGAAAGGCCYUACCCGAACACCGCCCUGCUGUCCAUGUGCCUGAUGUUCGGCUGCUUCUUCAUCGCCUACUUCCUCCGGCAGUUCAAACAUAGCACCUUCCUCCCCGGCCCGAUUCGUCGCUUGAUUGGAGAUUUCGGAGUGCCCAUCGCCAUUUUCUUCAUGAUCGCCGUGGAUAUCAGCAUUGAAGAUGCUUACACUCAGAAACUAGUUGUGCCAAAAGGAGUUGAGGUGACCAACCCCAAAGAAAGAGGCUGGCUGAUCAACCCCAUGGGAGAAAAAAAGCCUUUCCCCAUUUGGAUGAUGGGUGCCUGCUGCGUUCCCGCUCUGCUCGUCUUCAUCCUCAUCUUCAUGGAGUCUCAGAUCACUACUUUGAUCGUGAGCAAACCCGAGAGGAAGAUGGUGAAAGGAUCUGGUUUCCAUUUUGACCUGCUCUUGCUGGUCACCAUGGGGGGCAUCUCGUCCAUCUUCGGCGUGCCCUGGCUGAGCGCCGCCACGGUGCGCUCCGUCACUCACGCCAACGCUCUGACCGUCAUGACCAAGGGGCCCAAACCGGAGAUAGAGAAGGUGGUUGAGCAGAGGAUCAGCGGCAUGCUCGUGGCCACGAUGGUUGGCGUUUCGAUUUUCAUGGAGCCCAUUCUGAAGAUGAUUCCCAUGACGGCCCUGUUUGGCAUCUUCCUCUACAUGGGUAUCACCUCGCUGAGCGGAGUCCAGAUGUGGGACAGGAUGCUUCUGCUCUUCACUCCAAAGAAAUACCAUCCGUCUGAUGCUUACGCCACCAGGGUGAGGACCCUGCGGAUGCACCUCUUCACUCUGGUCCAGGUUGUGUGUCUGGGCAUCCUGUGGGCUGUGAAGCAGAGCCCCUUCUCUCUGGCUCUUCCCUUCUUCCUCAUCCUCACCAUCCCUCUGCGCAUGUUCAUGACCGGCCGGGUCUUCACCACCAGGGAGAUGAAAUGUCUGGACGCAGAUGACGCCAAGGUGAAACUGGAUGAUGAACCUGUCGACGGUGGCUUGGCAUAAACGACUCAAACUUCAACGUAAAUCAACAAUUUUUUUCUUGUAAAUUCAAACUGUUCCUUUUAAUUUUUUGUCACCACACAACCAAGAUAAAACUUUCUAUUUGGACAUCAAAUUGAGAUACUUUUUUUUGUCUUUUAUCUGAAGUAGCUUUUUUUUCAAGAACWUGUUUUAAGUAGAAGUAUUUAUUUUUUUAAACGUCUAACAGUAUAGUAUAUAUUACUUUUAGAUCUGUCAGAGAUAAUAUUUUUAAGUAGCUUAAUUUAAUCAGGAAGCCUCAGGCUGAAGUUUUAAGUUGUGUCUCAAGUUUGCUUCAUUUAAUUUGUUGUGUAUUACUUAUGUAAUAGUAUUACCUAUUUAGGAUGUUUAUGAACUAUUUGACUUUAGUGUGUAAUUGCUUUUAUUAUGAUAAAAUGCAGCAAGCAGUAUUAAGAGGCCAUUCUUGAGAUAGAUUUUAAUGUUUGGGUCGAUUGCACUUGGGACAUAUCAGGGAAAUUUUCUUUGUAAAUGACUUAUGCAUUUUGUGUUGCCUAAAAAGAAUUGUGUGCUUGAAACACUGUACAUGCUUUGGAUUUCACUUUAUUAAAAAUAAAAAACAGCCUUUAAAAA